GUGGGCUCUCUGAUAGACUACGUCACUUCCGGUAUUGUGACGGAAGUAGAUCGGAGAAACGUCGCGGAAUAAAAUAACAUAGCAGGGUGAUGGGACCCGACUGUGCCCCGGGUCCAGCUGUGCCCUGGAGGAAGGUGCUGUGGGAGCGCCAGCCGUUCCCCGACAACUACGUGGACCAGCGGUUCCUGGAGGAACUGCGGAGGAACGAGGGCAUCCGGCAGUACCGCUACUGGGCCGUGGUGCGAGAGGCGGGCUUUGUCGGAGAGCAGCUGUCCUGCGUGGCCAUUUUCAUCACCCUCUGGCUCUACAUGGAGCAGAGUCUGCUGUCCCCUGAGACGCUGCUGUGGACCAGCCUCCUCUGCGCCCUGCUGGGUUAUGGGCUCCACCAACUCCUGUCGUCUCAGGUGGAACCCGGCUGUGAACCCCGGACCCGACAGGCCGACCUGCAGAGCGCCACAAUCUUUCUCUCCUUCACCUUUGGCUUCUCGCCGGUUCUGAAGACGCUAACGGAGUCGGUGAGCACGGACACGGUGUACGCCAUGACCGCCGUGAUGCUGCUGGCCCACCUGGUCUCGUUCCCCUACGCCCGGCCCUCCCCCGGCAGCCUCUCCCUGAACGCCGCCCUGUUCGCCUCGGUGUGUUUGGCCUCGAGGUUACCGGGGGCCCUGCACACCUUCGCCAUGCUCAGCUGCGCCCUGCUGGUGUUCGCCCUGUGGCCCUGCCUGCUGCAGAGGCUGAGGGAUAACGCUCCGUGCCAGUUUGCCGGGGUGUGUGUGGGAGUGUGUGUCGCGGGGGUGUGCGGUCUGGGGUCCCAGUGGCCGGGGGGAGCCGUGCUCUUGGCUCUGGCCUUAGGGAGCGUGACGUUAGUCUGCCCGCUGCUGCUGGUCAGACUGCAGAGGCACAAGGACAACAUCCAGGGGCCCUGGGACGAGGCGGAGAUCCACGAGGACCUCUGCCACUUCGGUCGCUAAGGCAACCCAGCCGAUGAUGCGGACAUUUAGAGGCGUUUCUGAUGAUUGUAUAUGAAUUAAUUUACUGUCAGUCUGCGGUAUUACGUUGGUGCUGUACAUCUAAAACUCCUUCAUUUUCGCUCCAUAUCUGCCAUGACGACUCAAACUGAGAAUAUGAAGAUGUGUUUUUAAUGUUUAAGAUGCUUUUAGCUUCAUAAGUGUUGACCUCUGAAUUCUGUAUUGAAGAUAUCAACUAACGAGCGAUGCUGAUUUGCUUUACUGGACACAUUCUGAUGCACCAGUUUGAUAUCCGUGAUGUUUUAAUAAUCUGUGGGAGAUGGUCCGGGUUUUCUUUUAUGGUUUUGUACAGAAUGUUGUUGGUGUUGUGUAUGAAUGGAAGAAUGAAUUGUGUUUAAACCCAGUGUUCAAAUGAAACAUUAGAAGUUUAAAUGAAAGAUUUUAAAGGGUUUUGUAAUAAAGGAAAGUUUCUGCAGUGGGAGUUAUUUAAUUAAAUAGUUAGGGAUUACCAGAUGGUUGUUUUUACUACAGUGGAAGUGUAAUGCAACAAUAACUAAAUAAUGGCAUCAAAUGUUUUUUUCAGUGGUACAUGAUGCAUUCAUUUUAGAAGUUUUCAAUUUGUGUUAUUUAUGGAGGGCUUAUGCUGCUCAGUAAUUAAUGACAAUUAUAAAAACUUUUAUUUUACUUUCAUAAAACUGACAGCUCCUUUCUCAUAAUGUAGUAUUACACAUGAAAACCUGAGAGAAGUCCAGUAAAACCUGCUCCUGUUGAUCAUCAUACAGAGCAGAAAACUGCUGCAGUAAAACAGUAACUCUAAAGUUAAGAUAAGAACUAGUUACCUUUAUUUUUAUAACUCCUUCUGAGGCCAAAUAAGUUCAUUUUAAAAUGAGGAACCACUUCUAACAUCAAAGGUUUAACUUUAUUUGAAUAUUUAUUUUAUUCUCUUAGCUUUUGGGAUACUUUUCCAUAUAAUAUAACUUAUAAUGAUCAAAAUAUUCUAAUAUUCUAACAAAUGCAAAUAUAAAGUUUGGUCUAAACUUGAGGACAAGUAAGAGUUUGGGAGUUAUUUAUAAUUUUGGCCUGAUAUUUUGCACACAAAUGUAGUUUUUUUUAAACUAUUCCUAUAUUUGAUGCACAUCUUAACAAGAUAACACUACAAAAAAACAUGUAAAAUGCUGUAAAAUUCAAAAAGCCCUGAAUCUUUAUGUCGUAUAUAUGUACCUUAAUCGUGAUUGAACAUUUGUGUUGUUAUAUUAUUAAUUUUUUUGUCUUGUAAUUUCCUUUUUGUUUCAGGAAUUAGUUAUUGUGAACUGCAUUCUUUUAAACAAAACAUGUGCCUUUUUUGAUUGUACAAUAAAAAAAAAACAAGAUGAUAAAAGUGGAGAACAGCCAGCCAUGUUGCACCCAGCUCAGUGACGUCACCCAGCUCAGUGACGUCACCCAGGCGUUACCAGUUGAUGAGAAACACAUGUUGUGAUUGUCAAGUUGCUUUAAAAAGCUUUCAGCCCAUUGAAAACAGCACAGAAACAAUUCCCCUCUGUCAUAUUAACAAUUAAUUUAAGAAAAGGAA